UCUUGUACUGAGAAACGCCCCCUUCAUUACAAAACUUAUUUUGUUCAAGGGUUACUGAACAGCAGGAAAGGGCAACUGGGUUGUCAUAACUGGUCAGCAUGCUGAGAACCGUGAACAAAACAAAUUUGAGGCAGUUGACUGGCCUCAUCCAGCGAUUCCAGAGUACGCUGGUCGUCGCAGAGCACAACAAUGACACCCUGACACCCAUUACCCUGAACGCCAUCACAGCUGCCAGCAAACUUGGUGGAGAUGUGUCCUGCUUGAUUGCUGGAACAAAUUGUGCAAAGGUUGCUGAACAAAUUUCCAAAGUCAAGGGUGUGAAUAAAGUGCUGGUAGCUCAGCAUGAUGCGUAUAAAGGAGCAUUACCAGAGGAGUUGACCCCACUCAUCCUGGCAACCCAGAAGCAGUUCAGUUUCACACACAUCUGUGCAGGUGCCUCUGCCUUUGGAAAAAACCUUCUUCCCAGAGUAGCUGCCAAGCUUGAUGUUGCUCCUAUCUCUGACAUCAUUGAGAUCAAGUCCCCAGACACCUUUGUGAGGACCAUCUACGCAGGGAAUGCCCUCAGCACAGUCAAGUGUAAUGAAAGUGUCAAGAUCCUGACGGUCAGAGGAACAUCAUUCGAGCCUGCAGAGAUGGAGGGAGGCAGCGCGGCGUCCGAGGAAGUGUCUCCAUCCUCUCCUGUCGGAGUGUCCGAGUGGCUAGAGCAGAAUCUGACCAAGAGCGACCGCCCAGAGCUCACCAGCGCCAAAGUGGUCGUCUCAGGAGGUAGAGGACUGAAGAGUGGGGACAACUUCAAGCUGCUCUAUGACCUUGCUGACAAACUCAACGCCGCAGUGGGAGCCUCCAGAGCAGCAGUGGAUGCUGGAUAUGUCCCUAACGACAUGCAGGUUGGACAGACCGGAAAGAUCGUGGCCCCGGAGCUGUACAUCGCCGUGGGUAUCUCAGGAGCUAUCCAACAUCUGGCUGGAAUGAAGGACAGCAAGACCAUUGUAGCCAUCAACAAGGACCCAGAGGCUCCCAUUUUCCAGGUGGCUGACUACGGCCUGGUCGCUGAUCUCUUCAAGGUUGUUCCAGAGUUGACUGACGCUCUCAAGUGAUCUGCGCCCAGCUCUGCUGGUUCACUCUCUCUCUCUCUUUUGGGAGAGAGGAAAAGAAGACAAACCUCUAAGAUCUAACUCUAAACAAGCAACAUUUGCCUUAAAUAGCCGCUCUAAUGAAAGGAGUGAAAUUUGCAACCUUCGUGCUGUCGGUCACCGCUCCUUUCUCAAGAUCUACCCACGGCCAGUCAAAACAGCAUAUCAGUACAGCAGCUUUGUUUUAAAGGGAGAUGGGGGAGGAAUAAAGCCUUGGACCUGAUGUGGCUUCUCAUUUGUCUUGCUACAUAUUUUAUAACUUGUAAUUAGAUUGAUGUCGUCAUGGUAAAGACGAGUGUGUAAACUCUUCCCCAAGUCUGAUGUCGUAUUUCUGCCUGCGUCUCUGUUUUAUUUGCCUGGUAACUCAGGUUCGCGUUUUUCUGAUGGCCCUAAGCCCUCUAGAUUGUUUAAUUUAAAAUAAAAAAUAAGUUUUGAAUGUAGUCUUUUAUUAAUAAAGAUUCUAUGAGACGA